AUGGUUUCAAAGAAGGUGGUGGCUGCUUUGCUCGUGCUGUACGUGGUGUCCAUGCUGGCUGAGCAGACCCAAGGCUUUGUGCCCUUUUUCACCCAGAGCGACUUCCAGAAAAUGCAGGAAAAGGAGAGGAACAGAGGAGUGCAGAAGAAAUCCCUGAGCUGGCUGCAGCAGCUGGAAGAGGACGGCUUCUCUGAGCGAUCUGGUGCAGAUGUCAACAGGGUCAAGACCAUCCAG